GGAAGAACAGUCUGUUUGACUGCUGGAAUCGGGAAAUCGCAAGCAGCCGUAGCUGCUGGUUUGUAGUCGCGAUUAGGCUGGUUGGCUACGAGCAGCGAGCAGCAAUCUGCUGUUUGACCAGCCUCGAAGCAGCAAGCUGCUGGUCUGUACUCAGCAAGGCUGCUGGUCCGCGAAGAAGCAGCCGAGGCUGCUAGUUGGGUUCGAGCAGCGCGCAGCAAGCUGCUGUUUGACCAUCCUCGAAGCAGCAAGCUGCUGUUUGACUAGCCUCGAAGCAGCAAGCUGUUGGUCUGUACACAGCAAGGCUGCUGGUCCGCGAAGAAGUAGCCGAGGCUGUUGGUUGGGUGCGAGUAGCGUGCAGCAAGCUGCUGUUUGACCAGAAAUUCGAAGCAGCGAAGCUAUUGUUUUGGGACGCAGCAAGCUGCUGGUUCGUGGAAGGGCAGCCAAGCUGCUGUCGGUCGUGAAGGGGCUGCUGGUUGGGCUCGAACAGCUCACACAGCCGCUGUGUUUGACCAGAAAAUCGGAGCAAGACUGUUGUUUCAGACGCAAGUUUGGAAACCCGAUCGGGAACUGAUGUAGCUACUGUUUGUGACCUUUCUUCCCUACCUUUUAUUUUAAAGAUUGUGGGAUUUCUCCUCAAUCCUCCGAGGCUCUUCUGCGUCAUCUGAAUGUUGUGCAUAGCAUUCUCGUCAACAAAUAUUUUCAAAAGUUACCAAUACCGUGGAUGGAGAACUUGCACCAAUGUUAUUCCUUUUGCCAAGCACACAUCCAGGGAUAGAGAGAUGAGUAUAGACAGCAGACACCGGACCCUAGGAAGUGGUGUUCUUGAUUAUCUAAAGCGAAUGCAAGCAGAGAAUCCCAGUUUCUUUUAUGCAAUUCAAUGCGAUGGUGAGCAAUCAAAUGGAAAUGUCUUUUGGGCUGAUUCAACUUUCAGGAUGAAUUACAAUUAUUUUGGUGAUACUGUUAGACUAGACACCUCAUACAGAGCUAAUCACUAUAGGGUACCAUUGGUCUCCAUCACUGGACUUAAUCACCAUGGUCAACCCAUUUUAUUUGGUUGUGGAUUGCUUCAUUAUGAGUCUGAGUCUGCAUAUGUUUGGCUACUCCAAAAUUGGCUUCAUGCAAUGUCUGGAAACUACCCAGUCUCAAUUACAACAGAACCCGAUCAUCAUAUUCAGAUGGCUGUUGCAGAGGUUCUGCCUCAAACCCGUCAUCGUUUCUGUAAAUGGAGCAUAUUUAGAGAAACCCAAGAGAAACUUGCUCAAACGCAUCCUACAUUUGAUAAGGAGUUGGGAAAGUGCAUUCAUGAGACAGGGACAGUAGAUGAGUUUGAAUCUUGUUGGCAAGCUCUUGUUGAGAGAUACUCCCUCAUUGAUGAUGAAUGGGUUCAGUCAAUUUACAAUGCACGUCAUCAAUGGGUUCCUGUUUACUUGCAAGAGACAUUUUUUGGAGAAUUAUAUACAACCAUACCGCUAAACAUGUUCUUUGAUGGUUAUGUGAAUGCAACAACAUCAAUACAGUCACUGGUUAAACAAUAUGAGGAUGCAGUAACAAGUUGGCAUGAGAUGGAACUAAAGGCAGAUUUUGAGACUACUAACACUAUGCCACUUUUGAAAACACCUUCUCCUAUGGAAAAACAAGUUGCCAAUCUAUAUACUCGAAGAGCAUUUAUAAAAUUUCAAGAGGAGCUAGUAGAGACCCUUGCUAAUCCAGCAACUAAACUUGAAGAUAAUGGGACUGUUGCAACAUAUCGGGUGGCCAAAUUUGGGGAAGAGCAGAAAGCACACGUUGUUAGGUUCAAUCCAUUUGAAAUGAAAGCAAAUUGUAGCUGCCAUAUGUUUGAGUUUUCAGGCAUUAUAUGUCGGCAUGCUUUAUCAGUUUUUAGAGCAAAAAAUGUUCUUACGCUUCCAUCUCAAUAUAUUUUGAAGAGAUGGACAAGGGAUGCCAAGAGAGAAGAAUAUGUUCCAGAACUACCAAGCAAUUCUCAAGACUCUUUGACUGUACGCUAUAGCAAUCUAAGACAAGAGGCCAUAAAAUUUGUAGAAGAAGGAGCAAAAUCUAUACAUAUAUACAACGCAGCAUUGGAUGCUCUGCAAGUGGCUGCAAAGAAAGUUGCUGCAUCAAAGAAACAACGCUCUCGUGGUGUCGUAUUAAAUGGAGGAAUUCGAGAGACUGAUCUGGAUAAAGGAAGUCAACUAACGCCAUAUCAAUCUAGAGCUGAGAAAGAAAAGAAAAUUCGCGAAUUGAGUGCUGAGUUGGACAACACAAAUGAGCGGUGCGAAGUUUAUCGUGCAAAUCUACUGGCAGUUCUGAGAGAUAUGGAGGAGCAGAAGUUGAAGCUAUCAGUUAAAGUGCAGAAUGCAAGGCUAAGCUUGAAAGAAUAAAUACAGUUGCUGCAACACUGGACUCAACUCUCUCAAUUGUUUUGAUGUGUCCAGUUAACAGAACCCAUGUACAGCCAGGGGAGGUUGCGGGGAAAACCUAAAUAAAAAAUAAAGAACAGCCUAACAAUCAUUAGAUUAAAAGUUGAAAUUAGAAGGGCAUACUGUAAAUAAAAGUGAAUGUUAAGGUUAUUUAAAUAAGAGUUUAAUGAGAUUGAAGGGCAUAAUUAGAAAGGAAAAAAAAGCAUUUUAUUUUAUUUUAUUUAAGUUCAAUGUUUAUCACUCUCUGCAUAAAUGUAUCCCUCUCCU